AUGGGGGAUGUCUACAUCCGACAUAUUGAACUUCUGGGCUUUGAAAAGAGAUUUUACCCAAGCCAACACUAUGUUUACAUGUUCUUGGUGAAAUGGCAAGAUCUCACCGAAAAAGUCGUGUAUCGGAAGUUCACUGAGAUAUAUGAAUUUCAUAAAGUUCUAAAAGAGAUGUUUCCAAUUGAAUCUGGGGAUAUCAACACAGAGAAUCGUAUCAUCCCUCACUUGCCAGCCCCGAGGUGGUUCGACAGCCACCGAUCAACCCAAAACCGUCAAAGCACGCUGUCGGAAUACUGCUCUGCCCUGAUCACCUUGCCCCGCAAAAUCUCCCGCUGCACGCACAUCCUGAACUUCUUCAAGGUCAGAAACGACGAUCUGAACCCACCUAUGGCGAGCCAAUUCAAGAAGCCAGAAACCUUUUUAACGCCAAAGGACUCCAAGAAAGGUGCAGCAGACAUCACGGGGCCCAUCAUCCUCCAGACGUACCGAGCAGUUGCCGAUUACGAGAAGAAUUCUAUCACCGAGAUGGGGGUCAGGACAGGCGAUGCUGUGGACGUGGUGGAGAAAAGUGAAAGCGGCUGGUGGUUCUGUCAACUGAAGAAUAAGCGAGGCUGGGUCCCGGCUGCCUACCUAGAACCUACGGAUGGUCCAGAUGAGUCUGAAGAGCAGGAACCCAACUAUGCAGGUGAACUCCACGUUGUCUGCAAAGGCUACACAGCUGCCCAGGAAGACGAGGUCACCCUGAAGGAAGGCGAAACCAUUGAAGUGAUCCAUAAAUUGCUCGACGGCUGGUGGGUUGUCAGGAAAGAUGAAAACACGGGCUACUACCCUUCCAUGUAUCUGCAAAAAUCGGGGGAAGAAAGCACACCAGAGAAGACUCAGCUGAGGAACAGGGAAGCGCCACCCAGAAGAUCCACCAUCCGGAACAUCAAGAGCAUUCACAACCAGAACCGCAAGCAGAUCAGCCAGGAAACUUACAGGAGAAACAGCGUCAAGUACAUGCAGGGCAGAAGGAAACUGAAGAACAACUUCCUGAACAAAGGGGGCACUAUCGCGGAGGAUGAACGAGAGGCACAGCCCGCCAUCCCUCCAAGACCCAGCAAGGACUUGAUUCUGAUCCGCUGCUCAGAGAGCACCAAGAGCAAAAUCAAAUAAGGAGAGCAGUGGCUGCGUGGUUGUUUUUUGCCCUGGGCAACAUCUCGAAGGAACUCAGUGGCCACAGUGGAAUCCGUAAUGUUCUUGGCUCAUGCGACAGUAUGUUCUACAACAUCACAUCUAUUCUUUUGGGUUUUCAGUAGUAUAUAUCACCUGUUUUCUCUCUUGGUAACAUGAAUAUAAAUCAGCGCGAUUCACUGAGUAUGUCUUUCAGAGUUUUCCUCCCUUGUCUUGAGUUUUCAUUGAAUUCGUUUUAUGAAUGUCUUGAAUCUUCAUAGAACGGUGCAGAAACUGAUGCUGCCUGACCGUACACAGGGCUGACUUAUCCAUUAGGCACAGCAGACUCAGUGCCUAGGGCCCACAAAAAUG